AUGGUCCCACCACGAUCCCAGCCUCUAGCGCAACCGCAUCGCUUCGAACGUUGCAGCUCACGCAACUGCACCGUCCUUCGUAUCCUUUUGAUUACAUCUGCUCUUGAUCUCAUGUUACAGUCUCCUUACUUCAUGCAAGAACCGAAGGAACUGCUCUUGCUCUCGUUUGAACGAUGUACAUGUUGGGAACUGCGGAAAAAAUAUUACCGUGACUUUCUCGUGCUAACUGGAGCCGUGAGUUCAUCUCGAUUCUGCAAACAUCCUUGGUCCCCUGUGAGAGGACGCAUAACAAAUCGAUGUCGUGAGCACUGCAGCGAAGAGUGGAAGGAUGUCGAUGAGGCGAUGCGCCUACGCGUUCGACUUCAAUUCAGAAUCGCUUUGGGUAUACGGACGUGCAUGUGGGUAGUCAAUGACUUGCGUAAGCAAGCCGAAAUUUCGUGUUUAUUAGUUGUUAGUUUGUAUUAG